GUCCCUCGCCGGCGGGUCUGGGCAGCGGAGGAGGUUGGCUGGCAGUGGCUGGAGGCUUCGCUAUGGGAAGUUGUUUCUUCGCUCUCUCGCGCCCAGCCCUCUUCCCUGAUUCUCCGCAGCCACUGUCGGAGGAAAGCACUGGGAGGUGCCGGUUGCAGCCGCGGCUGUCUCUCCCCGCCCGGGUGGCCGCGCCGCUGGGCAGGUGCUGAGCACCCCGAGAGCCUCCGUCGUUGCCUCCCUCCUCUGUCCGGCAGCCCGGCUGCCGCAGUGCAUAUGGGGUGUUGGAGGUAGAUGGGCUCCCGGCCGGGGAGGCGGCGGUGGAUGCGGCGCUGGGCAGAAGCAGCCGCCGAUUCCAGCUGCCGGAGAGCCACGCGCUCCCGGCGCCCCUUCGAGCCCGGGGCUCAGCAAUGGGGACCUCUGCGAGCGGCAGCACAGCCCUCGCCUCCUGCAGCCGCAUCGCGGGAGCCACGAUGAUCGCGGGCUCCCUUCUCCUGCUUGGAUUCCUUAGCAUCACCUCUGCUCAGACAGAACAGAAGACCCCAAGUCUCAUUGGCAAAUAUCACCAUGUUGACCGUGCCACUGGCCAGGUGCUAACCUGUGACAAGUGUCCAGCAGGAACCUAUGUAUCUGAGCACUGUACCAACACAAGCCUGCGAGUCUGUAGCAGUUGCCCUGUGGGGACCUUUACCCGGCAUGAGAAUGGCAUAGAGAAAUGCCAUGACUGUAGUCAGCCAUGCCCAUGGCCAAUGGUUGAGAAAUUACCUUGUGCUGCCUUGACUGACCGAGAAUGCACUUGCCCACCUGGCAUGUUCCAGUCUAAUGGUACCUGCAUCCCCCAUACGGUGUGUCCUGUGGGUUGGGGUGUGCGGAAGAAAGGGACGGAGACCGAGGACGUGCGGUGUAAGCAGUGUACUCGGGGUACCUUCUCUGAUGUGCCUUCUAGUGUGAUGAAAUGCAAAACAUACACAGACUGUCUGAGUCAGAACCUGGUGGUGAUCAAGCCAGGGACCAAGGAGGCAGACAACGUCUGUGGCACGCUCCCGUCCUUCACCGGUACAACCCCGCCUUCUUCCCCUGGCACAGCCAUCUUUUCACGCCCUGAGCCCAUGGAAUCUCAUGAAGUCCCUUCCUCCACUGAUGUUCCCAAAGGCAUGAACUCAACAGAAUCCAACUCUUCUGCCUCUGUUAGACCAAAGGUACUGAGUGGCAUCCAGGAAGGGACAGUCUCUGAGAACGCAAGUUCAGCAACGUGGGAGGAAGGUGUGAACAAGACCCUCCCAAACCUCCAGGUAGUCAACCACCAGCAAGGUUCCCACCACAGACACAUCCUGAAGCUGCCGCCAUCCAUGGAGGCCACUGCAGGCGAGAAGUCAAGCACGCCCAUCAAAGGCGCCAAGAGAGGCCACCCCAGGCAGAACCUACACAAGCAUUUUGACAUCAAUGAGCAUCUGCCCUGGAUGAUUGUGCUUUUCCUGCUGCUGGUGCUUGUGGUGAUUGUGGUGUGCAGUAUCCGGAAAAGCUCAAGGACUCUGAAAAAGGGGCCCCGGCAGGAUCCCAGUGCCAUUGUGGAAAAGGCAGGGCUGAAGAAAUCGAUUGCCCCAGCCCAUACCCGGGAGAAGUGGAUCUACUACUGCAAUGGCCAUGGUAUUGAUAUCCUGAAGCUAGUAGCAGCCCAAGUGGGAAGCCAGUGGAAGGACAUCUACCAGUUUCUUUGCAAUGCCAGUGAGAGGGAGGUGGCCGCUUUCUCCAAUGGGUACACCGCGGACCACGAACGGGCCUAUGCAGCUCUGCAGCACUGGACCAUCCGGGGCCCUGAGGCCAGCCUUGCACAGUUAAUUAGCGCCCUGCGCCAGCACCGGCGCAACGAUGUCGUGGAGAAGAUUCGUGGACUGAUGGAGGAUACAGCCCAGCUGGAGACUGACAAACUCGCUCUCCCGAUGAGCCCCAGCCCACUUAGCCCCAGCCCCAUCCCCAGCCCCAACACGAAACUUGAGAAUUCCACUCUCCUGACCGUGGAGCCCUCCCCGCUGGAGAAGAGCAAGGGCUUCUUCGUGGAUGAGUCCGAGCCCCUCCUCCGCUGUGACUCCACAUCCAGUGGCUCCUCUGCGCUGAGCAGGACGGGCUCAUUUAUUACCAAAGAAAAGAAGGACACGGUGUUGCGGCAGGUACGCCUGGACCCCUGUGACUUGCAGCCUAUUUUCGAUGACAUGCUCCACAUUUUGAAUCCUGAGGAGCUGCGGGUGAUUGAAGAGAUUCCUCAGGCUGAGGACAAGCUGGACCGGCUUUUUGAGAUUAUUGGAGUAAAGAGCCAGGAAGCCAGCCAGACCCUCCUAGACUCUGUUUAUGGCCAUCUUCCCGACCUAUUAUAGAACACAAGGGAUACUGCACUCUGAAAAUUACUCAUUUUAGUGGCAGGGUGGUUUGUUUUUGUUUUUGUUUUUAUUUGGUUUAUUUUUGGGGGUGGGGGGUGUGUUUAACAGUAUAUGGCCAGUGUUUUGAGUUCCCUUUUUCUUUCUCUUUUUUAAAUCCUUCUGUGAAGUUAGUUUAUAAACCUUUCAAGAUGUAACUUGCAAAAUACCCACCACUAAAGUUUUUUAGGUUCCAUAUUUUCUCUGUUUUGCCUUCUUAUGUAUUGUUCAAGUUGUUCUGUGCACUUUAAAUUCAUUUCGUGUACCACAAAUGCAGCGUGACUACGCCAGCGCACUGGAUUGUGAGCCUCUUUAAAAGUGUAAUGGCAUCGUGUGAAUUCUGUAAGCAGUCUUCAUGUCUCAACAUCCACAUCUAUUUUUUUUAUUCUUACUGUAUGUUAUUAUUAUUUGUCAUUUGCAAAUUUUCCUAAGGGUUAAGGACGUUUAAGACCCCGUUGAUUUACUGUAAUUCAGUUAGAUUUUGCGUUAUCUUUUUAAUAUGCCUUGUUGUAUAGUUCAUAUUCAUGGCUGAAACUUGACCACACUGUUGCCGAUUGUAUGGUUUUCACCUGGACACCGUGUAGAAUAUGCUUGAUUACUUGUGCUUCUCUUCACUAAUAUACUCUGGGCUGGAGACAUGAAAUCCUCAAGCCACCAGGACUUGCUAUGUAAGUGGCUUGACACCUGGGCCACCAAAGAACUUGAACUUCACCUUUUAGGGGUUGAACUGUUCUGGAACAUAUUGCUGCACUUUGGAAAGUCACAACUGAGUGCCAGUGGCACCUUUUCCAUAGGGAAUUUCCCCAGCUUUGCUUUAAAGAUGUCUUGUUUUUUAUCCACAUAUAGUUGAUAGGUCCAGUCUGCCCUCAAGGCCUUGGUCUUGGUGGGUUUCCUGUGUCAUUCAGUCACUUCAUUUAAAAAUGGCUGCAGCUGUAAGAACUCUUGUCUGAUAUUUGCAACUCUGCUCCCAUUUAUAAACAUACUCUCUAAUGCUCAGUUGCCGGAUUCUAAUGCAAAGGUGGUGUGGACUCCCUUUGUGUGGGCGGGGUUUGUGGAUAGUGGUGAGGGACUGACAUUGGAAAAAUGCCUUCAAGUGUACUAAUUUAUUAAUAAAUAUUAGGUGUUUGUUACUUGAGUAGUUUGAGUAUAUUUAAUUCUUGCCUUGUACAUGUGCUCAAGUUGUAACUGAUUUAUCUCCUGGGAAAAUAUGUAUAUUCUAAAAACCUCAGCGAGUUAACAAAGGUUUGUGUUGGGAAAAGUACCUGGAGAUUAACAGAAAAGGAUGAUCAAGAAUUUCCUAGUUCUCCUGUUUUUGAGAUUGUCUCUGUUUUAAGAAAUGAGAAUUUGGGGGUGGAGAGGUGCAAAUGGUGAGGACUUGGAGUACAUUUGUUUUACUCCUUUCUAUCUAGGAAAUUUACCAC